AUGGUGGCCCACGGCGGGGAGCCCGCGCCUGGCCUGCUGCUGCUGCUGUUCCUGCUGUGGGCGCUGGGGGCCAGCCCCACGCAGGGCCGGGAGCUGCCCAGACCCCUCGACGACUCGGAACCACAUGUGAUCGUGGGCGCCCCGCCCUGGGCCUCCGACUUCCAGGACAGGCCCAGAGAUGGGGCCCCCUGGGACUCUGCCGUGCCCCCCAUCCCCGCUGGAGAGCUGCCCCUGGAAGUGGCCGAGAACGGUGCGGACCCCAUCUCCCCGCAGCGGGUGCGAGGGGCGGUGGGGAGUCCAGGGACCCCUAAGUCUCUCAUCCCUGGCCUGCCGGACCCUGGCCCAGCGCCCAACCGAACAGACAGUCCUCAAGAGGCUCUGCAUCCAGAUGACGCGGAGGAGUGGCCCCGACGGCCCCAGAGUCACCCGCCGGCACCCCCGGUCCAGGCGCCUUCCACGUCCCGCCGGGGCCUCAUCCGAGUCACGACGCAGCGCGCCCUGGGCCAGCCGGGCCCCCCGGAGCCGUCGGCCAGCCCCACGGCCCCCGUGCCGGUGUCCAGCCCGCCGGCCAACGCCACGGCGCCGCCGCUGCGCUGGGGGCCCCUGCGGCGCGUGCUGAGCUUCGCCUGGGAGCUGCACGUCUACGGGGCGGGGGUGCUCUUCCUGCUCCCCGCCCUGCUGGCGCUGGCCACGCUGGCGGCCGCGCCGGGGGGCCCGCGGCCCGCGCUGGCGGCGGCCGCGCUGGUGCUGGGGGCCGGGGCGCUGCGCGCGGCCUACAUGCUGGCCGACCCCUACGGCUCGCGGGCGCGGCUGGGCGCGCGGGCCGGCCUGGUGCUCUACAACCUGCCCUUCCCGCUGCUGGUGGCCGCGCUGGGCGCGCUGGCCCAGCUGGGCCUGGGCGCGGGGCUGCCGCGGCCGCUGCAGAGGCCGCUGCUGCUGGCGGCGCUGGCCGCGGCGCACGGCGCCGUCCUGCUGGCCGCCGACCUGCUGUCCGCGCGGCCGGCGCUCAGCCUCGUGGCGCAGGGCGUCUCGUGCGCGUGGGGCGCCGCCGUGGCCCUGGGCACGCUGUGCCUGUGCCGGCGGCGCCUGCUGGCCGGGCCCCGCGCCUGGGACGCGCGCCCGGGCCCGCGGCUGCUGGCCGUGGCCGGCUCGCUGGGGCUGCUGGCCUGCGGGCUGCAGCUGGCCGCCGCGCUCUGGCUGUACCCGGGCCCCGGGCGCGUGGGCCGCUUCUCGUGGGCCUGGUGGGGCGUCCACUUCUGGCUGCGGCUGCUGGAGCUGACGUGGGCGCUGGCGCUGGCGCUGGCCGCGGUGGCCGCCGCGCGGCCCCGGCCGCCCACCGAGCACGCCUGCUGGGCCAAGCUGCUCCGCCUGGCGUGCCCGGCCCCGGCGGGCAAGAGCGAGGUGCCCGAGCGCCCCAACAACUGGGGGCCCAACUACGCGGGGCCCGGCGGCGCGGGCGCGGGCGCGGGCGGCCUGGAGCUGGGCAAGAGCCUCAUCCGCAACGCGGCCGAGCUGGGGCCGGCCAGCCCGGGCGCCUGGGGCUCGGCCGCGGCGCUGUCCCGCAGCAGCGGGGGGCCCGCGCCGUCGCUGAGCGAGCUGGACCUGCGCCCGCCGUCGCCCAUCAACCUGAGCCGCAGCAUCGACGCGGCGCUCUUCCGCGAGCACCUGGUGCGCGACAGCGUCUUCCGCCGCCGCGGCCUGGCCUCCUCCCCGCCCGGGGGCGCGCUGCGGCCGCGCCGGGGCAGCCACCCCGACCGCCCCGACCGCCCCGACGGCGCGCCCGCCCCGCCGCCGCCGCCGCCGCCGCCGCGCGCCCGCUGCCGCUCGCUGGGCGACGUGCGCGCGCCCAACGCCGCCGCCGCCGCCGCCUCGGCCGGCUCCCCGGACAGCGGCUCGCGCGGCUCGCUGCACAUCAGCUGGAACCCCUGGCGCCACGGGCUCUCGUCGGCCGACAGCCUGGCCCUGGACGCGCCGCCCAGCAGCGCGCGCCUGCUGCCCGCGCCGCCCGCCGCGCCGCCCGCGCCGCCCCGGGAGCGCCCGGCCCGCGCCGCGCCCGGGGACUCGCGCAGCGCGUCCAGCGACACCAUCGAGCUCUGA